UGACGGAGUUGCGAGGCGCCAGGAGUUGGUCGGUCUCUGUAAAGUGUAAUGUUGCCAGGCAACCGGACUCGUGCCGUUCUUAUGCCUUUAUAUGCCACACGGGCGGUUUCGUAGGCAGCUUUCCUGUCAGCGUUGGUAGGAAAACAUUCCCUGUCCAUAACAGACCGAAGGCUCGCUAUAUCUAACCAUGAUAUUAAAAUCUAUUGAUCCAUAUAAACGCUUCACUGUGAGUCAUUUGCUUUGGGAUCGCAUGGCCAUUGUUAGGGAAAGAUUUUCACAGUGCACACUUGUCAUUUCUUCCCCUGGUGACAGCGCUCUCCCUGUCCCCGCCUCUCCCUUUGCCGCUGUUCGCCCUGGCGUUGAACCCCCUCCGCCCCGCUGCAUUGUGGGAUGGAGGAGCGGAGGCGGCGGGGGUUGUGAUGGCUGCGGCGGUUCCCGUCCAGUUGACCUGGGGGAAGGUUCUUUCCUCUACCGGCCCGGAGCCUCGCGCCCGGCAUGGACACAGAGCGGUGGCGAUCAGGGAACUCAUGAUUAUCUAUGGGGGAGGGAACGAGGGCAUCGCCGAGGAGUUACACGUCUACAAUACGGCAACCAAUCAGUGGUUCCUCCCAGCUGUGAGAGGAGAUAUCCCACCUGGCUGUGCGGCUCAUGGGUUUGUUUGUGACGGGACAAGAAUUUUAGUUUUUGGAGGAAUGGUAGAAUUUGGAAGAUACAGCAAUGAUAUUUAUGAAUUACAGGCUAGUCGAUGGCUGUGGAAGAAACUGAAGCCUCAGGCCCCAUCAUCUGGAUCACCACCUUGCCCUCGACUUGGUCACAGUUUUUCCCUCCAUGGGAGUAAAUGUUAUUUAUUUGGUGGCCUAGCCAAUGAGAGUGAAGAUACCAACAAUAACAUUCCCAGGUACCUAAAUGAUUUUUAUGAGCUGGAGUUACGUCCCGGAAGUGGUGUUGUUGGCUGGAAUAUCCCAUUAACUAAGGGAACACCACCAUCUCCUAGAGAGUCCCAUUCUGCAGUGGUUUAUUGCAGAAAAGAUACAGGAAAGUCAAAGCUUUACAUAUUUGGGGGAAUGUCUGGAUGUCGGCUAGCAGAUCUUUGGGAACUUGAUAUUGAAAUGAUGACGUGGUUAAGUCCUGAAACUAAAGGUGCUGCCCCUUUACCCAGAAGCCUUCACACAGCAAAUAUUAUAGGAAAUAGGAUGUAUGUUUUUGGUGGCUGGGUUCCCCAGGGACAAUGUGAUAAUAGUCCGUUAUCCAAAGGCAACCAGUGGAAGUGCACCAACUCAUUUUCAUACCUGGAUCUAGAUAAAUCAGAGUGGGUAACGUUAAAAUCAGACUGUCAGGAAGAGAGAAAGAACUGUCCGAGGCCCAGGGCAGGACAUUGUGCAGUAACAAUUGGCAAACGUCUGUACAUCUGGAGUGGAAGGGAUGGCUACAAUAAGGCAUGGAAUUAUCAAGUGUGCUGUAAAGACUUAUGGUAUAUUGACACAGAUACGCCACCUCCACCAUCACAAGUUCAGCUGAUCCAAGCUACCACCAAUUCUUUUCACCUUAAAUGGGAUGAACUUCCAACAGUGGAAGGAUAUAUUUUGCAGCUGAAUCCAGAAUCUCCAGCUUCCUCUGUUACUGGAACACCUGCUCCCCUCAGUGAAAUUUCGGCCAUAAAUCAAGGCAACAGCUGUUCUGGAGUUUAUGCAGCUACUCUGCCUUUGUUUCAAACAGGCCUUUUGGGCCCAGGUGAAGCAGGUGUAGACUGCCAAGUGUCCCCACAGCAAGCUGUAAACUGUAUACUAACUUCCGGCCUUCGAGAUGACGUGUGUCAGCAAAACAGCCACAGUAGUCUGCCUAACAAGCUUCAAAUUCCACCAACUAAUUUACUGCAAGAAAAAUCUGCAGUCCUGACUGAGAAUCCAUCACUUUCUAGCAGACCAGAAUUAAAUGGCAAGCAGCAACCAUUGUUCAAUCCCAAAUCUGUAGUUAAAACUCCACUGCAGUAUAUGCCAUCUAUUGAUAGCUGCACAUCACAAGUUAAGAACACCCUUCCUCACUCAAAUAUUAACAGUAAAGACUGCAAAGUGAACACAGGAGUGAAAAAUGGCCAAAGACAGUGGUAUGAUGUUGGCAUUUUUACAAAUAAUAGUGCUGUGGUGACUCAGUUCUUUCUCUUGCCAGAAGAAAAGCAAGAUGCAUCAGGCAAGGCUGGUGAUCCAGAUGUUCCCGAUUACACACUGCUGAAAAAGCAUGAUUUAUUACCGGGGAGUGUUUACAGAUUCAGGGUGGCAGCAAUUAAUGGAUGUGGAGUGGGUCCUUUCAGUAAAGUCGCUGAAUUUAAGACAUGUAUUCCAGGUUAUCCCGGAGCUCCUUCAUCUGUGAAGAUUACAAAGAAUGCUGAAUGUAUCCACAUUUCCUGGGAUACACCCUCUUCGCCUACAGGAAAUAUUCUAGAAUACUCUGCUUAUUUAGCCAUACGCACCUCACAGCUUGCAGAGACUCUAAAUCAGCUGGUAUUCAUGAAGAUUUACUGUGGCCAAAAAACAUCUUGCACUGUGACCUCAGCUCAACUGGCAAAUGCGCAUGUUGACUGCAGCUCUAGGCCUGCUGUGGUGUUCAGAAUUUCUGCAAAGAACGAAAAAGGCUAUGGCCCAGCUACUCAAGUAAGGUGGCUACAAGAUUCAUCUAAGAAUAAAAAGGAAACAAAGGUCACAGAAAAGCAGUGUGUACCUCCAUCACAAAGCAGAGAAAAUGUAAUGCUCAAAUUGGAGAGUCCAUAGCGAGAUAUGGAAGAGAUGUCCAGAUUCUGACAGGCAUUUGUCAUUGCAACUGGAAGGAAUUCAUGCUGUCCGUUCUUUUUUUUUUUUUUUUUUUCCGUCUACUGUUUCCAGUAGGUGUAGGUUUCCCCUUUUGUAAUAUUUUGUAAAUCUCAAAAUGUUUAUUUUUGCAUUAUGCUUAUAAUAAUUAUUGUAUAAAUACAUAUGUAUAACUAUAUGGAUAUAUAUAUAUAUAUACUUUUUAAUAUGCAUAAACGUAAACGUAUAAAUGUGCUCAGGACGAGUUACUUGGUACAGUUUCUGUACCGUUUGCUUCCACUUUGUAACCACUUACCUAUACUUUUUUAAGUAUCUGGUGUUAAGCAAUAAAAUGGUGCAAAGGAAUUGGAGGGAUAAAGUGCAAUACCAUAGGCGCUUAGCAUUUCACAGCGCAGUGGGGAUGGUGCCAGUUUUACAAAACAGAAAUAUCGAAGUGCAACUUUGGAUUUUAUUAUAGAUUUUUACAGAAGAAACAAAUCCACAUAUUUAGCGUUUUUAAAAUAUCUAAAACUAUUUUAAAUAGCUCUACGUAAAUAAUCUAAAAGUUAAACAACGAGGAAGGUAUAAAGCAGAUUGAUAAAAGGUAUAGAUUGUAAGUGAACAUGUUGACAAGUUCAAGUCAUUUCUCUUUUAUAUAAAUAUAGGAAUAUUUACUCUGUUAUAUUAAGAAAUGGCCAUAGUCACUGUCCUGCAGGUCCCCGUCAUACAAAGAGGAGAGCAGAAACCUCGACCUUCGGGUUGCAGUAGGUGUGAUUUACCCAACAUUUUUGCUAAAGCAAUGAAGACACCACUGCAUGGAAAAUGGCUGAUUAUUGAUGGCUGGUGCAUAUUUACUCCAGGCUCAGAUAUUCGUUCAUUCACAGUCAUUAUUGGCCUAUGUGCCUUUUCUCACAAGUCUUUUAUGCAGAGUUUUGAAGGAUAACCUUUAUUGGCAACAUCUGGGUAGAUGUAGCUUCCGAACAAUGGACAUCCAACCCCUAUCAUAUUGUUUUGCUCCCU